AAAGCGUCAGAGCUGAACUUUUACCAGAACAGAAGAGUCACAGCAGAGUAGAGACCCACAGCUGACUUGAAAUGGCAUCUAUUCGUCGACAAAUCGUUUACACUUCAAACGCCCCUGUCAGACAGGGAAUAUACAGCCAAUCCGUGGUUGUGGACAGAACAAUGUACAUCUCGGGUCAGCUGGGGAUGGACGUGGCCUCUGGUCAGCUGGUAGAUGGAGGUGUGCAGGCUCAGGCCAAACAGGCUCUAGUCAAUAUGGGGGAGAUCCUUAAAGCUGCUGGCUGUGACUACACCAACGUGGUGAAGACGACUGUGCUGCUCGCUGACAUCAAUGACUUCAACAGCGUGAACGAGGUCUACAAAACAUUUUUCAGCAGUAACUUCCCAGCCAGAGCUGCCUACCAAGUCGCUGCUCUCCCUAGAGGUGGCCUGGUGGAAAUAGAGGCGGUUGCUGUUCUCGGUCCACUCUCAGACUCCUGACUAGAUGGCCCCAUCACAAACAAGUUGUAGUCUAACCAUCAAGGGACCUUUCUAAGUGAACAGUGGACGCCUUAAUGUAUUUCCAGAUGACACAUGAAAGGCCAAACUAGGAACUUGUUAGCUUUUCAAUUUUUUGCAUAAAGUAGUUUCUCAGCUGACCACUGUAGCUGGCUGACUGCACGUCUACAGUUAGUAUUAUAACACUUAAGAUUCAAACCCUUAACAAUAGAACAGGACUUAAUUCACCAGGAUGAAACAAAAGGUAAUGAUAAAGUGUGACUGUAUCUGUACAACCAGUCUAACAUUCCCUGGUUACAGUGGCCAGAUUCAGAGUCAAAUCAACUUCCUCUUUUUGCUGUUUUUGAUUAGCUUUUUCAUGGUCUGAUUUGCUCCAGAGAAAUGUUAUAACGCAUUAUAAAAGUGAAGUUCGCAAUAAUAAACAAAUUUAAUAA